AUUAAUUGGGACACUUCCAAUUCUUGUCCUUUCAUUACUCAAACUUCUCUGAUAUCGUCGUGAAAUUGAUCAUUUUCUGAUAGGAAUCAGUUUCGUGCUAUGUUCGAUGGGUUUCGCCACUGUGUUCAAAACUGUUUCUUUAGUCAUAGCUUUGGCAGCAAGUGGUUCGACGAUCCUGUUGACUGCAGCUGUCCUCAUUACGGCUCUGUACCUGAGAGAUUCUAAUUUUCUCUUCACCAUUACACUUUUCGCAGCUUUAUGUGCUUCUGUGCUUACUGGAAUAAUUCUGUAUAUUGUUGAAUACGUAUCAGGUCAUGAUGAUAAGCAGGCACUGAGGAUUUCACUUGGCGUUAGCUUCAUUCUCGCUAUGGUG